CUGGUUUCGGAGAAGUCAUCUGGCAUGACCUUGAUCUCAAAGAUCCUCGCUCUGCCAAGGAAUCAGCAGAACGUUUCAUCGCUAGGGAAAGCAGACUUGAUAUCUUGAUCAACAAUGCAGGACUCCGAUCUUGGAAACGUUCAACUGAACGCAGACGGCAUCGGAGAAAGCAUGGCGGUCAACUAUUUGGGACCCUACGUAUUUACAAGAACGCUACUUCCACUGCUUGAGUCAACGGCAUCGUUGCCCGGCGCGGACGUGCGUAUAAUUAAUGUCGGAUCGGACGGUCAUAGUCGUGUUAAAUACUUAGAUUAUGGUUCCAAGGAAGCGUGGAACCAUCCGUUCAAAUGGUUCUUGCUCCCCACUUUGGAGCGUUACAAAUACUCAAAACUUGCCGUGCAUCUAUGGACGAAUGAUCUAGCACGGCGUCUUUCCGAGGAACAAUCCAAGGUGAUGGUACUGAUCACGCACCCAGGUCCCAUACUGAGUGACGGAGCUAUUCACGCACUGAAUUCUCUCCCUUACCCUCCCUUUUGGAUCUGGGUGUUAGGGUUUGUCUUACAUCCUCAAACUAGGGGAGCAUACACGUCUGUUUUCGCGGCUUGCAUGUCGCGCGACAACCCUAACAUAUUCCAUGGUGCCUACAUAUUCCCUCCGAAUGUGGCAAUAGCGCAAUCACCGGCAGCUUUGGAUGUUGGUAGGCAACGAGAGCUGGCCGAGUUUACGGAGAACCUUUUACAGAGCAUAGAGGUAUAAUAGCAACCUGCACAUAGGUUCGGCAUAUACAACCCUCUUUGAUAUACUAAAAGGAUAAGUGAAGAUGAACAUUGUACAGUAAACUCGGAGGAAAGUCACUCUUGCGAAGGCAUCAAACACCCAUUCUUCGCUAAGGGUUAGUCAAAUCAAAAACGGAGAUCUCGAAAUGAUGCCUUGACACUCACCCAUUCUAUUCUUCUUUGCAACGACAUCAUCAAAAUGGAUUGUGCAUCUGGGUGUGUAGGAUGAAG